UCAUCAGUGUUUUUUUGAUACAGAUUAUCCCCAAACCUGGAUAAUGUCUGCCAGCCUAGUGGUGACACGAAGUCUUCUGAGAGAAGACACAGGGACAGCAGAGAAUUUCCUCUUAUGUGGAUCUACCUUGUCAGAGAUUACUGAAGAAACAGAGUACAUUAAAAAGAUUCGAUCCACGCUAGCCAAAGUUCAGCCUCUGUUCUAUAAAAAGGAAUCCAACCAUGGGAUUGCAAAUGGCAUGCUGGAUUCAAAGCCACAUUCUACAGAACCUGAAUUGGUCCCUGAUGAAGAGAUGCUGUCUUCCAGCUACAAGGAGUUGUUAGAAAAGAUGAAAAAGGCAGAAGAAGAAUUAUUAUGGGUGAACAAAGAAAAUGAAAGGCUAAAGAUCAAGCUUGAAGCUUCAAGGGCAGCGGGUGCUGAAUCUGUGAAGCACGGCUCCCAAAAGCUCCAGGAUAAUUACAAGAAACGCUCUGAAGACCUCAGGAAAAGACAAGAAGGAGCCAUAAAUAUAAUGAAGGCCCGCAAACUUGAGCAAGAGCAGAAAUUAAAGCAAAGCACUGACAGUCUCAGCCAGCUAAAUGUGCAGCUGCACGAGAAAUAUGGCCAGAUUGAAGAACUGGAAAAACGAGUACAAAGGAUGGAAGAGGAAAAGAAAACAUUGAAAGAAAAGAAACAGCUUUUAAAAAAGAAGUUGCAUCAGAUGAUGUCAAAUGCUGAAAAUUCGAAAAGCUGUGUAAAAGUUCAGACAGAGAUCUCUGUUCUUCAGGAGCAAAUUAGUCACCUGGAUCAUGUGAUCCAUUCUCAGCACCAACAUUUGCACAAUGUGAUUCACCAGAUUGAGGGACUGAAUAAUGAACUGAAACAUCAGGAUGAAAGAAUAGAAAGCUUAAAAGAACAGAUAGUGGUGCUUCAAGCAAAGAACAAAGAACUGAAGGAUCAAGUGAAACUCUACAAAUCAAAGCCCAAAGUCUCCAAAGCUGUUUCUACAAAGAUUGAUGGAAACUUGCCAUACACCAUGAUAUCCAGACUACGCAAGUGACGUAUUCCUAGUGUCUGAACCUUCCUCAGAUCCAUCACAAGGAUUGUUAUUUCUUUCCAGAAUAAAUUUUCUAUGCAUUUCCAUUGGAUUUACUUGCACAGGGAACUCUGGCAUCACCUAACAAUUUUAAUCAUUUAAAUUAAUGUAUGGAAUCCCAAGAUGGUCUUCUGAUGGAAGAAGUAAAUUCAGAUGCGAUGAAGGACAUCCAAGAGACUGGGACAUAUGGAGGGACAGAUUCCAUUUUUAUUCAUUUACAGGCACAUUAUAGAAGCAUUGUAGUUAUUCCUACCAGUGUUGGAAAUGCAUUGGCUUCAGAACUCAUUAAUCCAUAAGGACAAAUUUCCACCAGCAAGUUUUAUUCGUGUAUCUGAAUCUACACUGAAGAAUAUUGGAUUAUGGAGGAUUAUGGAGGACCAGUGUAGCUGGAUUUGAAUUCAGAUACACUCAGUUAUAUGAUAUGGAACUAAAUAUGGGAUACUAACUGAUCCACAACUGACUAAAACUAAUUUCAUGAGAAUUCUCUCUGAUUUUGGAUCCCAGGAAAGAGGGAAGGAAGAUGAAUGUGCCUUUGUGUGGAGACAGCAGCAAUCGAAUAAGAAAAUGCUCUCAACACACCAAAUUGCAGUUCUUAGUAUUAUAUUCUAUGGAGAAUCAUUAAGUAAAGUGACCUUAGAAAACUUUGAACAGAGUUUACUGCUUACUGCAUUCCUACCACUUCAGUGUUUUAGGAUGUGGCAAACAAAUUACAGUGUUGUUGUGAAAAGUGAGAGUUUUACAAAUGGUGUUUCUGAAGAAAAUAAAAUACCUCUGGGAAGCGCAGCUCAGCACAGAGAACACGGUCCUAAAGCCAUCGCUAUGUCAUGAUUAAAAAUCAGUAAAAUUAACUGUUCACUGCAGAACUCUUCUGUGCAGGUUCAUCAGGCAGUUUGCCUGAGGCAAGAACGUAGGAAUAUAUAUAUUUUAAUUAUACCGCUAUAAAAACAGAUUGUACAUUUCGCAAAGCCCUGUUUUAGGACAGAGCAAGAACAUGUUUUCCCAUAAGUGCAUAUGAAGAAUAAAUGUAUUUAUUUAUC